AUGAAUAAGAAAAAAUGGCCAAAUAGAUAUGAAGUGGAAGAUUUAAUGAGGAUUGUAAUUUCAAAAAUAGAUAAUUCUGAUAUUGACAGACCUACUCUUCCAUGCAAAAUUAUAGAAAUUACUGAAAAUGAUCAAUAUGUUUUAGGAUCAAAAUUUGGGAUUAUUAAUGUAUAUUACCCACCAAGAGAAAUUAAACCACUUGGCACAAUACACUUUCCUGAGCUUAACAAUUUGCCUUCUAACAAAAUUUCUGUCAGAGAAACCGACGCCUACAAAGCACUGGACUUGUCACAGGUGCUAUUUGCAAUUGUAAACGUAACUGUAAUAGCAAUAAAUGUUGUUGUAAAAAGGUUGGAGAAAAUUGUGGAAGCAGGUGUCAUGGUGGUCGUCCAUGACAAAACAAAUCAAGAUUCAAUAUAUGCUCCAAGUCGGGAUUUGUAUGAUACUUCGUCCACUUACUUAGCUAUAAGUUCGAAUGGAGAUCUUGCUGCAACUUUUAAUUCUGAAACUUAUGAAAUUAUAAUAUAUAACGUUAAAGAAUUAGAACCUAACGUUAACAACUUUGAAUCUCAUGAAAUUAUAAAGGACGUUAACUACCCUAAGUUUCCUAUUACUAGAUAUUGUAGUAAAACGAAAAUUGAUGAUAAAAACGUGUCUUUUUCUUUGGCCAUUUCCAAUUAUGUAAAAAUCGGAAAAGAUUUAGUUGUAUUCGUAGCUGUAUCAAGUUUUUGUGACGAACGAAUAAAAAUAAUUGGUGAAGAUAAGGAUGAUGAAUCGGAAAAGAUUUUUGAUCCAGAAAAAGGUGAUUCUAAUCCAGCAGGAACGUUUGUCUAUUCAACAAUGUUAAAAGAGCGUAUCGGAACCACUGUAGAUAAGCGCGGUGGGGUAAUUAGAUUUUUGAAUAACAAUUCGACCGAUCAAUCGAAAGGAUUCACUAAUCUAAUAGUCAUGAACGCGUCUGGAAUUACAAAAUCAUUCAUCAAUCAUCAAACACUUUUAUUUAACGAUCGAUCAAUAGAUAAAAGAUUUUUGAUCGCGGAAGAAUAUGAACUUCCAACAAACCUUCAAAUAAAAAUUGAUCAAAUAUAUCAUAGCUUAAAUUAUACGAGUUUUUUAAAUUCUAUCGUUGAACAAAAUUAUUUAUUUGUUGAAGAUUAUAAAUAUCAAUUACUCGAGAUGUAUGAUUUACAAUCUAUGGAUUUAGAAUUGAAAUUUGAAAUAUCUCUUUUAAAAAAAGCGAAAAAUUCUAUUUUUUCCAUUUCAAAACAUGGCCAUUUGUUAGCAUAUUGUAAUGAUGGUACAAACUGUAUUACGAUCCAUUUAAUGGAAAAUGGACUUAAGGUUGCAAAGAAAGAAUUUACUACCGUAAAUAAAAUUCUUUCAAUUUCGUUUAUUGACGAUGAUGAAAGAUUAUUAUUUGUCACCGAAGAAGCAUCUGAAUAUGAUGAAAAUAGAAAAAUUGGCUUCACUCUAACGAUAAAUAUUUGGGACCUUUUCACUUUUAAGAAUGAUGUACGAAAGUUUGUCGACAAAUCAGACAUUUUUAGUUCCUUACAAAAGUUUAAUAAUCACUCAAUAGCUUGUUCAAAUGGAAUAAUUCUCGCACCUUUACAGGAUGAGGUUAUUUAUUCAGUCCUUGAAUUGUCGGAUAUUAAACGUAAUUUAAAAUCAUCUAAUAAUAUAUCACAAGAUCUUCGCCCAAUUACCAUUAAUCAAGAUGGACAACAAUUUGAUACCAAUAAGCAAAAACGAGGAUUAGUCGUUAAAGAUAAGGAACCUUGGGUUCAUCACAAGCAAUAUAACCGCAUAUCUUCUUAUCUCAAUGAUGAGAAAACCAUUCAACUUAUAAUUGAAAAAACAACAGUUCAAAUUUGGAGAAAAAGGGGUCAUGACUCUAAACAUAAAAGUGAUUUAGAAUAUAUUUGGGUGAAUCCAAGUAACCAAAUGAUUGAAGUUACAUCUUUAAAGAUUGGAAAGAGUGAAUUAUCUUUAAAUUUGUCAUGGAUUGUUGAUUCAAAUGAUGAAAAGAAAAAAAUAACAGAGCAUAUUCAUUGGCCAAACGAAGCUCAUGUCCUCAAAGACUCAUGCGUUGCUAUAAAGUAUCUAAACAAACGAAGUGACAAAAUUGUAGGGCCGACAAAUCUAAGAUAUAAAGAAUUGGUUGCAGGCACGGAAAAACUUAUUAAAAAAUGCAUAAGACAGGAUCCGGAUUUAUGGAGUUUAUCAGAAGUACGAUAUGGAAUCAUGGCCAUUAUUAUUCGAUCAAAGCAUAUAUCAUUGCUACAUUGGAUUUUAUUCGGAUAUAAAGAAGCCGGUGGCAAUAAACAUGAUAAAACGAGAGUUGAUCGUUACUUGCAUAUUCCAAGUCAAUAUAAAUGGCCUAUGGAAAAGAAAAAAAGUGAUUUGAAGCUUGCUAUUGAACAAUCUUCAGGUGAAAAUCGUAUGGAUAAAAUUAUCGUAGCUAUGUUACUCGAAUACUAUUCAAAUAAUGCGGAAAAAGAUACAGGUUGGAUGUUUACACUGACAAAGGCUCUCCCUUUGCUUAACAAUAGUAACUUUGAAUCUUAUUUAAAAGAAUUAUUUUACAAACCUUGCUUUGGAUCCAAAGUAGAACUUAUAGAUUCAAAGUUUAUUAAUCAAAGUAAAUUGAAAAAAGGAUAUAAAUCGGAAAUUUGUUCAUUAAAUGUGAGACCACGAAUCUUAUUGAAGCAAAAAAAGUCUACAUUGUGGGAUACAUUUAAAUCGAUGAAUCUUAAAAGAAGACUAACGGAGGAAGAGGUUACACAAGUAACGACAGUACGCGUAGUUCCGUUACCAGAUUUUACAAUCUAUCCAACAAAGUCGAUUGAUAGAACACAUA